CUCAUCUUUGUGCUUUCCCCUCAAUCUCCUCCAUCGUCUUCUUCUUCUUCUUCUUCUUCUUUUUGCUCAGCCUAUAAGCAAAGCCUUCCACGGCAUAUAGCUCGAGAGGAAGCUUACCAACGUUCAUCGAGUCGGAACUAAGAGAUGCGGAGGGGAUCAGCGCAGCGGCUGAGGUUGCUGCUAUUGAUACUCUGCUGUAGCAGCGCCGUCGCAGCUAAGAAACCGACCUACAUCGUGCACAUGGCCAAGUCCCGGAUGCCACCCAGCUUCGCCGAGCACCGCCACUGGUACGACGCGUCGCUCCGAUCCGUAUCUGGCUCCGCCGAGGUCCUCUACUUUUAUGACACCGUUGCCCACGGCUUCUCCGCCCGGCUCACCCCUGCCGAGGCCCGCGCCCUCGCCCGCCGCUACGGCGUCCUCUCCGUCGAGCCCGAGACCCGGUACGAGCUCCACACCACUCGGACCCCCGAGUUCCUCGGCCUGGACCGCGGCGGCGGGUUCGUCACCUCGUCCGACUCGGAUGGCGACGUCGUGGUCGGGGUCCUCGACACGGGCGUGUGGCCCGAGAGGAAGAGCUUCGACGACGCCGGGUUCGGGCCCGUCCCGGCGAGUUGGAAGGGCGGGUGCGAGGAGGGCAAGGACUUCGUCCCAGCGGCCGCCUGCAACCGGAAGCUGGUGGGGGCCCGGUCGUUCUACAGGGGGUACGAAGCGAGCAUGGGCCCGAUGGACGAGUCCAAGGAGGCAAGGUCGCCAAGAGAUAAUGACGGCCACGGGACCCAUACCUCCACCACCGUCGCCGGCUCCGCCGUGCCGGACGCGAGCCUCCUCGGCUACGCUGCCGGCACCGCCCGCGGCAUGUCUUCCCGCGCCCGCGUCGCCGUGUAUAAGGUCUGCUGGGUCGGCGGGUGCUUCAGCUCUGACAUCCUCGCGGGCAUGGACAAGGCGGUGGAGGACGGGUGUGGCGUCCUCUCCCUGUCCUUGGGCGGCAGGGUGGCUGACUACUACCGGGAUAGCAUUGCCAUUGGUGCGUUCACGGCCAUGGAAAAGGGGGUGUUCGUCUCAUGCUCCGCCGGCAACGCAGGGCCAGUGCCGACCAGCCUCUCCAAUGUGGCCCCGUGGAUCACCACGGUCGGUGCCGGCACGCUCGACCGUGACUUCCCCGCCUACGUCGUGCUCGGCAAUGGCGAGAACUACACCGGCGCCACGCUCUACGGAGGAGAUCCCCUCCCGUCAUCGCCCCUGGAGUUUGUCUACGCCGGGAAUGUCACCAACACCACCAACGGGAACCUUUGCAUGCUGGGGACCUUAUUGCCGGAGAAAGUCGCCGGAAAAAUCGUCCUCUGCGACCGAGGGAUAAACUCUCGGGUCCAAAAGGGCUAUGUGGUCAGUGAAGCCGGCGGAGUCGGCAUGGUCCUUGCCAACUCGGCCGGCAACGGGGAAGAGCUCGUUGCCGACGCCCACCUUCUACCAGCCACCGGCGUCGGGGAAAAAGCAGGGAACGCCAUAAGAUCGUACCUUUUCUCCGAUCCGAGCCCGACGGCGACCAUAGUGUUCAGGGGAACCAAGGUCGGGGUCCGGCCGUCGCCGGUUGUGGCGGCGUUUUCCUCCCGGGGGCCGAACACGAUCACCCGAGCCAUCCUCAAGCCAGACCUCAUCGCACCGGGGGUCAACAUCCUCGCCGGGUGGACGGGGGCGGUCGGGCCGACGGGGCUGGCGGUGGAUGCACGGCGAACAGAGUUCAACGUCAUAUCCGGGACGUCGAUGUCUUGCCCGCACGUGAGCGGCCUGGCAGCGCUUCUCAAGGGGGCGCAUCCGGAGUGGAGCCCAGCCGCCAUCAGGUCCGCCCUCAUGACCACCGCCUACGCCGCAUAUCCCAGCGGCGACUCCAUCAUCGACGCGGCAACAGGCCGCGCCGCCACGCCGUUCGACCUCGGGGCCGGGCACGUGGACCCCCCGCGAGCCAUGGACCCGGGGCUCAUCUACGACCUCACCGUAGACGACUACCUCGACUUCCUCUGCGCCUCGAACUACACCCCCUUCCGGAUCGCCAGCCUCACCAAAAGGAGCAACUUCACGUGCGACGCUACGAGGACCUACGCGGUGUCGGACCUCAACUACCCGUCGUUCGCGGUGGCGUUCCCGGCAACGACAAGCGACGUCAUCGUAGGGGAUGCCACGACGGUGAAGCACAGGAGGACGUUGACCAACGUCGGGGGGCCGGGGACGUACAAGGCGACGGUGAGGGCGUGGGCGGGGACGGAGGCAGGGGGCGUGAAGGUGGCGGUGGAGCCCUCGGAGCUGAGCUUCACGGAGGUGGGGGAGAGGAGGGGCUUCACGGUGCGCUUCUCCGCAGCGGGGCAGCCUUCGGGCACGACGGGGUUCGGCCGGCUCGAGUGGUCGGACGGUGAGCACGUGGUGGCCAGCCCGCUCGCGUUCACGUGGAAAUGAGAAGACGGUGCGAAGUGCACCGUGUGGGCAUGUUCGUAUCGCAAGCAAGUGUUGCUUUUGGCAGUUAACUGUAGCGUUUCUUGUGAUGAGGACACCUAAGUUGGCUCGA